UUUGUGAAGUAUUUCUGUCUGGACAGCUCAGACCAGGAAGAUCUCUUCAGAGCUGGAAGAAUGGCUUCAAGAAACAAAAGUUUUGGCUGGUCAUUCCAAAUGAGAAAUGAUAAGAGGUGAAAGGAAAGGAAGCAACUGCUGGACUUCUCUGCCUAUUCCCAGACUAAGCAAGAAAGUCAACUGGAUGAAAACAAUGUACUUAGCAAUUCUCUUUUCCUGCUUGGCGUUUCUACGACCCACAGAAUCCUGCAAAACCCAUUGCCAGAAUGUGAAUAAAAGCAAGGUGCAGACGACUGUCAGAACACAAGAUUGUGAAGUCCCUUGUAUUGAAAAUUCCCACUGCCUUCAGGCCUGUUCUUCAGGGCUUGAGGGGAACAUAGGGCUUCUAUGCAGGAAUAAAGAAUGGCAGAAAUCCACAGAUACUUGCAGAACUCUUAAUGUCUUCACCAUCUUUGAGGAUACACCAAAGGUAAUCCCUAACACCUUUGCAUUAGAGCCUCCAAAAAUAGGAGAACAUGCAACGAUUACAGACGUUUUGAUGCAAAGGUGUCCAGAGAAUUUGUCCUGCGUACUUAAAGGCAUUAAAAAAUCUCCACAAAUACCAGGAAACAUUGAGGUUAUUGUGGAACUGUUGCAUAAUAUUUCAAGAGUGUUAUCGAAAGGUGUUGAUGAAGCUAAGAUGAAGAGCUACAGCAUGAUAGCAAAUCAUAUCCUGGACAGUAGAAGCAUCUCACACUGGGCCUUUGUUCCUGAAAGAAGCAGUAGCUCUAUCCUGUUGCAGUCAAUGAUUUCAUUUGUGAGGAGCAUCUUCCCAAGUGAGCAUUCCCUUAACAUCUCAGAAGAAUUCAUUCAUAUCCUGGGCAUCAGCAUAUCGAAAGACAGUCCCCAAGAGAGUUUGAGUUUUUCCAUGAAGGUGAAUGACACUGAGAAUGAAGUGAGUGGGAUGGUGCUUCUCCCACAGGAAGAGCUUCAGAAGCUGUCCUUACCUUCCCAAGCCAUCAGCAUCGCCUUCCCCACACUAGGGGCCAUCCUAGAAGCCAGCUUUUUUGAGAAUGUCACUGUGAAUGGGCUCAUUCUGUCUGUCAUCUUGCCCCAGGAGUUCCAAAGGAUCUCACUGUUUUUUGAGAAGAUCACCAAAUCUAGAGAUGGCAAAACACAAUGUGUUGGCUGGCACCCGACUGAGAAUAAGUGGGAUAAAGAAGCCUGUGAAAUGGCCCUGGACAGCACGGACCAGACGCUUUGUAGCUGUCAAUUGAGCAAGAAGUUUACUUCUUUCUCAAUUCUUAUGUCGCCCCAUGUUCCCGAGAGCCCGAUUCUGCUUUACAUCAUGUACAUUGGCCUGGGAAUCUCCAUUGGUAGUUUAUUCCUUUGCCUGAUCAUUGAGGUCAUGGUCUGGCGUCAGGUAACAAAGACAGAGAUCUCAUACUUACGCCACAUUUGCAUCGUGAAUAUUGCCAUCACGCUUCUGAUGGCCGAUACAGGCUUCAUUGUGGCUUCCUUCUUUAGUAAUCUAGUGCAGCACCAUAAUGCUUGUGUGGCUGUUGCCUUUUUCAUUCACUUCUUUUACCUCUCUGUUUUUUUCUGGAUGUUUGCGAUGGCACUCCUCAUUCUUUAUGGAAUCGUCAUCGUUUUUCAUACCAUCCCAAAGUCUAUUGUAUUGACUUCUGCCUUCUCAGUAGGAUACGGGUGCCCAUUGAUUAUUGCCGCUGUUACAGUUGCUGCUACUGAACCUGGCCAAGGCUAUGUGCGUCCCAUGACCUGUUGGCUCAACUGGGAUAAUACCAAAGCCCUACUUGCCUUCAUUGUCCCAGCCCUGGCCAUCGUGCUAGUGAACUUGGUCACAGUAGGAAUGGUCAUAGUAAAGACUCAACGACCUUCCAUUGGCAGCCCCAUAGCUCAAGAGAUGGCGACCAUAGUGAGGAUAAGUAAGAAUGUUGCCAUCCUCACACCAUUGCUAGGACUGACAUGGGGCUUUGGAAUAGCCAUAGUUAUAGAAAAGAAUUCCUUGGCACUCCACAUCAUCUUCUCAUUACUUAAUGCUUUCCAGGGCUUUUUUAUCUUGGUGUUUGGAACAUUCCUGGAUCAGAAGAUAAGAGAUGCCUUAAAGGUCAGGAUGUCUUCUGUAAAAUUGCUGUCCAGACUAUCAGAGCAUUUUUCUUCUGAGUCGUCACAUCAUCCUACCAAAGGGUCACACUAACUUGCUUACUAUUGGAGCAUGGCAUCCUUACUUCUGGAGGAGCAGAUUUCAAGAGGGAAAACAGGAUUUUUCUUGCCUUCUUUACAUUCAGGAAUAUGAAGGAAACUUCUAACUUAAAUGUUUUUUGCGGGGGUGG